GAACCGCGGCAUCGGGGAACGCCUCAGGGCGUGAUUGACGCCCUUGAGACCGCACAAUACAAGGACUGGAAGAAUGAAGAUAGUGACGUUCACUGUCCGAUCUGCCUGGAUGAUUACAAUGCCGAAGAUCGAGUCACGAAGCUUUCCGGAUGUCGCCAUUGGCUCCAUCAG